AAAUUUAGGUAGUACGGGCGCUGCGGUUGUUUUGUGUUGAGCACGUGUGCUGUGUCAACAGUUGCUGGGCUGGUCAAUUAUUUAUAUAUGGUUCUGGAUCAUUGUUUGUGCCUCCAAGAUGAGCCAACUUUGCUGCUAACUCUCACCUAAUCAUCCUAAUCCGCCGGUGUGCAGCAACUCGGCGCUGAACUCGGCAUCGAUCGCUUGACAACCUGUUUUUUCAGUGAGGGGGCCACCUCGGACCGCGUUAAUCCACAUGAAGGGCUCGUCGUCGUUCAUGUUCUAGUUUGCGAGAAUACAGAUAGUCUUUGAGCACAAAAGCCAUGCCUGUUCGUCGCGAUGUGCUGCGAAAGCAGGCGCACGAGGGCAUCUGCUACGGACUGUGGGUGACCGUAGGCACGGCCCUCGGCCUGGGACUGCUGCAAGCGCAGGUGCGAUACACUGGCGACAGGGCCGUGCCGAUGCUGGUGGCCCUCGCCUUGGUGCUCGAGGUGACGGGCUGUGCCUGGCUUCGCCUUUUCGGCAGCUCGUCUUCGCGCAGCCACGGCCAACGGACCAGGGUCGCCGCCUCUGUGGCGACGGCUGUAGCCAGCGUCGUGUUGAGCAUCGUGUUCUUCCACGUCUUGGCCGUUUUGUUCGGCGCUCCGUUGUUUGAGGACAGCCAGCAAACUCUCUGGUUUGGUGUGCAUAUGACUAUGGUGACCAUACUGCCGCUGAUACUAUCAGGCGGCCACAUCAGCAUAGGGGCCCUCCAGAAGACAAUUGUUGACCAAAAGUUCUGCGAGGUGCCAUUGGACUGGAUUCAGCGGUGGGGCAGCCGUGGCGCCCUCUUUGGCGCUUGGCUCGGGGCCAUAGCCCUGGUGCUGGACUGGGACCGCCCCUGGCAGCGCUGGCCGACACCCUGCGUUGUCAGCUCUCUCCUGUUCCGAGGCCCGGCCUUGAUGGUCGCAAGCUGCAUCUUGGCGAGCCAGUGAAAGAAUGCUCAGUUGUGCAGACUCGCUGUAGGCCAGCGCUGGCUCAGCUAGUCUGAACUGCUAUCCCCUCAUCAGCACCAAACUGCUAGUCAUAUGUUUAUAAGUCGGCAGCAAAGACAGUUUUCAUAGGCGUAGUCUAUUUUAACACGUCAGUUUCGUCACUCCUUAUAUUUAAACACCACUGCUAACCAUUACAUUACUGGUAACAAUUGCUGUAUAAUAUGAGUGGGCAAAUAAUGAGAUGUGGCGUUUAUACUUAGGUACCAUAAACAGCGUUUUUGUACCAGUGCUAACUUCAUAGGCCCCGUCGUGAAUGUCAGAAGAUUGUGUUUUCUGUGAGGGAUGCGUUUCCUUAAACAGUAUUUGUUACAUUUUUUUGUUUCAAGGCAAUAAAUAUAUUCUAGAUUUUGUCAA